AUGGUGUUAGCUGAAAGAAGUAACGAUGUUCGUAACGGGAAGCGUUCCAGAGGGCCAAGCCCUAAUGGGCAUGGGAGCCCAGAUUCAAGCUCAGAAGAUGAAAAUGCAGUAGUGCCAUUUGCAGCUGAGAAAAUCAGAGUAGGCCGUGACUACCAGGCUGUCUGCCCUGAGUUGGAGCCAGUUGAGCAAAGGAAACCAGACCAAAUAUCGGACCGGGCAUUACUUGUUUGGUCUCCAACAGCUGACAUAUCUGAUACCAAGUUGGAUGAGUAUAUAACAACAGCAAAGGAAAAGUAUGGAUAUAAUGGUGAACAGGCCUUGGGUAUGCUGUUUUGGCAUAAGCAUGAUCUCAGCAGGGCAUCUAUGGACUUGGCUAACUUUACUCCUUUUCCUGAUGAAUGGACAGUUGAAGAUAAGGUGCUGUUUGAGCAAGCAUUCCAGUUUCAUGGAAAGAGUUUUCAUCGGAUACGGCAGAUGCUGCCAGAUAAAUCAAUAGCAUCACUGGUGAAAUAUUAUUACUCAUGGAAGAAAACCCGCGCUAGAACUUCAUUAAUGGAUGUGGUUAGUGAUGGCCGUAAUGCUACAGCUUCUGGUACAGCUAAGAAGGAUUCUCCAGGUGCCUCCGAACCGGGCGGUUCAGACAAGGAUUCGGACAAUGAUGAGAAGAAGUGGAUUUACCAUCGUGGUAUUGUCCGUGGAAGCAAGCCAACUACGGCCGGCGGGCCCUCACGUCGCGCCGGCCAAGCCGAGGGCGACGGCGGUGAGGCAGGAAAAUGGUGCACAGUGUGCGGAAUACUAUGCACCCAGACAACGCAACACAACUCCCAGAAACUUUGCCAGGCAUGCCUCGUGCACGCCAGACGCACGGGCAGUAUGCGACCGCUGUGUGGGCCGAGCGGGCGACGCGGGCCCGGCUUUAAACAAGUGCGGUACAAGCAUCGCUUGCCUCGUGGUAUUUACAUCAACCACGAUGAUCUGGUUGCCAUGGCGACCGGCCCUCAGCCCGGGGACGCCGCCCAACCGGGGCUCGUAAACCAGGGCGAGGCCAUGCUCAAAGCGAUGGAUAGAGAAAUUAUAUCCUACAAACGACAAGUACAGCAAAAUAAACAACAGUUAAGCGCGAUAAAACGUAAAGUUGGCGAUUUGGGAGUGGAGGAAUACAGGCCAGGUGAACCUCCGGCUAAGAUUAACUCACGCUGGACCAAUGAGGAGUUGCUAAUGGCUGUAACAGCUGUGCGGAAAUAUGGUAAAGACUUCCAAGCAAUUGCUGAAACGCUAGGAACCAAAACAGAGGCCCAUGUGCGUACAUUCUUCGUUUCAUAUAGACGUCGUUACAAUCUGGAUGCCGUACUUCGGGAACACGAAGCUGACCGCGGAAAUGCUAAUCAUAUACAGCCAGGUACCACAAGCACAGAGGCAGCUGAGAAUAAUGACGAGAGCAACGCUAAUGGUAGCAGCAGUUCGCCCAAGAGCACUGCUAGUAAAGAUGAAAAAACGGAAGUGGACAGCGAGGGUGUCUCUAUCGGCGCAUCCGCAGAGCAGGGCGGGGCGCCCACCACGCCCCCCAAACAGAAAACUGCUAAGUGA